GAAAUAAUUUAUAAUAGAAUGGAUUCAAGUAUUGCAAGUAGUGGAGAUGAUGAAUUUCUAAGGAAGCCAUUAUGGAAAUAUGUUACCAAAGUAGGCACCAUAACGAAAGCAGGAGGGAAUAUAUCUUGGAAAUGUAAUUUUUGUGAGAAGGAUUUUAAAAGUUCGUAUACUAGAAUAAGGGCUCAUUUGCUUAAAAUAGCAGGUAAAGGAAUUGCAAAAUGUUUACAUGUACAGACAAAAGACUUGCUAGAGAUGGAGAAAUUAGAACAAGAAACUAGUGAGAGAUUGAAGAGCAAUGCACCUAAAAAUGUGCCUUUACCCCCUUCUAGUUUUUCCGUAGAAUCAAACUCGAAAAAAAGAAGAAGUGGAAGUGAGGUUGGAAGUUCAUCUAGAAAUCCUAUUGAGAGGGCAUUCAAUGUUGGGGCGCGAGAAGAAUUGAACGACUUGAUUGCUAGGAUGUUUUAUUCAGCAGGAUUGCCAUUCACUUUAGCAAGGAACCCAUACUUUCAAGCAGCUUUCACUUUUGCUGCAGAUAAUAAUAUUGGAGGUUAUUUGCCACCAGGAUAUAACCCCUUGCGAACCACUCUUUUGCAGAAAGAGAAGGAAAAUAUUGAUAGGUUGUGUGCACCUAUUCGAGCUGGGUGGAAAGACAAGGGUGUUAGUAUUGUGAGUGAUGGAUGGAGUGAUUCACAAAGGAGGCCACUUAUUAAUUUCAUGGCAGUAUCUGAUGGUGAAGCUAUGUUUUUGAAAUCAGUUGAUUGUUCAGGAGAGACUAAGGAUAGACAUUUUAUUUUCUUGUUGUUAAAAGAAGUAAUUCAAGAAGUUGGGCAUGAAAAAGUGGUUCAAGUAAUCACGGAUAAUGCUGCAAAUUGUAAGGGAGCAGGGCAUCUUAUUGAGCAAGAAUUUCCAUCUAUUACUUGGACACCAUGUGUUGUUCACACACUGAAUUUAGCUGUGAAAAAUAUUUGUGCUGCAAAAAAUGUGGAGAAUAAUCAAAUAGCAUAUGAGGAAUGUAGUUGGAUUUCUGAUAUUGUUGGAGAUGUUUCUGCAAUAAAGCAAUUCAUAAUGAAUCAUUCUAUGAAACUGUCAAUGUUUAAUGAGUUUGUGGGAUUGAAGUUGCUUUCUAUAGCUGAAACCCGCUUUGCUUCCAUGAUUGUGAUGCUAAAGAGGUUCAAAUUGAUAAAAUGUGGUCUCCAAAAUAUGGUAAUCAGUGAAAAAUGGAGUUUGUAUAAAGAUGAUAAUCUAGGGCGGGCAAGAAUGGUUAAAGAUAAGAUAUUGGAUGAUCUUUGGUGGGAUUCAAUUGAUUAUAUACUUGCUUUCACUGCUCCUAUUUAUAAUAUGAUCAGGAUUUGUGACACUGAUAAACCUUGUCUUCAUUUGAUUUAUGAUAUGUGGGAUGAGAUGAUUGAGAAAGUGAAGAAAGCUAUAUACUUUCAUGAAUUGAAGAGGAUGGAUGAGACCUCAACUUUUUAUGAGGUGGUGCAUGGCAUUCUUGUGGAUCGUUGGACCAAGAAUUCAACUCCACUUCAUUGUUUGGCACAUGCUUUGAAUCCGAAAUACUAUAGUGAACAAUGGCUUAAUGAAGAUUCUAGUCGAGUUCCUCCACACAAGGAUUUAGAGAUUAAUCAAGAAAGACAAAAAUGCUUAAAGAGAUACUUUCCUAACUUGGAGGACCGAAAUAAAAUAAAUUUGGAGUAUGUGGACUUUGUUAGUAUGAGUGGGGGUUUUAGAGAUUAUGAUGCCAUGCAAAAUCGAUAUUCUAUGGAGCCCAAAGCUUGGUGGGUGCUUCAUGGUGCUUGUUCACCUAUGCUUCAAAAGAUAGCAUUGCGACUUGUUGCACAACCUUCUUCUUCAUCCUGUGCUGAACGCAAUUGGAGUACUUAUUCUUUUGUGCAUUCUGUAAGAUGGAAUAAGAUGACUCCAAAACGUGCUGAAGACUUGGUUUAUAUACAUAGCAACCUUCGGCUCUUAUCAAGAAAAACUUCACAGUAUACACAUGGGGAUACUAGAAUGUGGGACAUUGCUGGAGAUACAUUUGAUACAUUUGAAGAUGUUGGAAUUCUUGAAGUUGCUACUCUUUCACUUGAUGAGCCAGAGAUGAAGUCAAAUGUUAUUCUAGAUGAAGAUGCUCCAUGAAGGGCCUUUGUGUGUGAGAGAUAGGUGCACACUGCACACCAUAAAUGGCAGGAGGCAAGAUCAAGAAGGUGAAGGGCAAGCCACAGCAACACAUGCCUUCCCAAGGAGGCAUAUUGAUGCAAUUCAAGCUAAAACCUAUAAAAGGGACAAGUCCAAAAAGGUUUGGGCUCAAAUGGCCCAAGAGAACCAUCUCAAUGCUGAUAACAAUAUGGUUGCCACUGCCACGUCAGCAGCCAGGUCAGCAGGAGAUUUGACAAGAUUACCCCUUAACAGAAAUGGAACGUGAAGGGUGAUAGGAAUUGGUUAUAUGGAGCAUGGAGUGCAAGGGAGAAGGAUCUUUGGACAAUCUGAACCUUGGGCACCUGCUGGUGAAUGGGAGAGCCUAGAGUCUCUAUAAUUGCUCUAGAAUUAGUUUAAUCUUCUGUAGUUGUGCAAUUUACAAUUCCCUGUAAUUUUCUUUGGUAGAUG